AUGGAGCAGAGAGGCUGGGAGUGGUGGCUGUUACUGCUGGUGGGCAUCCACCUGGCUGGUGGCCAGUGCCCAGAGCAAUGCCAGUGCGUCCGCACCGCCCAGGUAGAGUGCUCCGGUGCCGGCAUCACAACGGUGCCCAGCCCCAUCCCUGCGAACGCCAUGACCCUACAGAUCAUCAACACGCACAUCACCGAGCUGGGCGACGCCUCCUUCGGCAACGCCUCCCUGCUGAUCGGGCUGCGCAUCGAGAAGAACGACCUGGCGCGCAUCAGCCCCGGCGCCUUCCAGCACCUGCCCGACCUGCGCUACCUCAGCCUGGCCAGCAACAAGCUGCAGGAGCUGCCCGUGCAGGUCUUUCAGCCACUGGGCAAGCUGGAGUCUCUGCUCCUUUCCAGCAACCAGAUCUUCCGCAUUGAGCCUUCCCACUUUGCCCACUUGAGCAACCUCAGGGAGCUGCAGCUGCACGGGAACAACCUGCAGGAGCUGAAGGAGGGGGUGUUUGACCAGCUCACUGGCCUGACCAAGCUCAACCUGGCCAGGAACAACUUGGAGCGGCUGCCGCCCAGGGCCUUCGAGCGGCUGGCGCGGCUGCAGGUGCUGCGGCUCUACGAGAACCGGCUCCGGCAGGUCCCGCCAGGCGCCUUCGACGGGCUGCCCGAGCUGCAGGAGCUGGGGCUGCACCAGAAUCAGCUGCAGGCGCUUUCCUCGGACCUCUUCUUGCACAAUGGAAACCUGCAGAAGCUCUACCUGUCCAACAACCUCCUCACAGCCCUGCCGAGCGGUGUCUUCGUGCCCCUGCGUGCCCUGGCCAGGAUCACCCUGCAUGCCAACCGCCUGCGGAGCGUCUCCCCCGGCGCCUUCGGGCCCGCGCCUGACCUGCGGGAGCUGUGGCUCUACGACAACGAGCUUCCCACCCUCCCUGCCGCCGUCUUCAGCAACCUCACCCAGCUGCAGCUUCUGGUGCUCAGCAAGAACCGGCUGCGCUCGGUGGCGCCGGGGGCGUUCCAGGGCUUGGGGGAGCUACUGGAGCUGUCGCUGCACUCCAACGCCCUGCGCCGCCUGGAUGCCCAGGUGCUGGAGGGGCUGCCCAAGCUGCAGAACCUCUCCCUGCACCACAACCAGCUGCAGGCUCUGCCGCGGGGCCUCUUCAGGGCCACUCCAGGGCUGCAGCAUGUGCAGCUGCACUCCAAUGCCCUGGAGUACCUGCCCGCUGGCAUCUUCUCCCCCUUGGCUGGCCUCCGAGAGGUGAAGCUGCACAACAACUCCUGGCGCUGUGAUGAGGUCAUUCUGCCCCUGCGAGGCUGGCUGGAGGACAACCCCCACAAGGUGGGCGAGACACCCCCUCUCUGUGCCCAGCCCCCUGCCCUGCGGGGCACCCCCAUUGCCAGGCUGCCACAGGACCAGCUCCGCUCCACCCAGCCCCCCAGUGCCUCCUCCCACACCAGCACCCUGCUCCCUGCUCAUCCCUCUGAGGCAGGAUCACUAGAGGGUGCUUGGAUGGAGCCCUCCACAGAGCUGCCAGUCUCCCCACAGGAGAAGGAGGAGGAAGAGGAGAGGGGGUGCGAGGGGCAGCUCCGCCCCAGCAGGAACAGCUCCGUCAGGCGGCUUCCCAUCAGCUCCAGAACACGGCGUCCCAGCUCGGUCACCGGCUCCCUGCAACCCUUCCGCAGCUCGGGGGUGGUCUCCAAAAUGUCAUACUGGUGCAGGCUCAUGGUCUACAUGCUGCUGGGGCUGGAGACCCUUCUGGUGGGAGGGCUGCCCCUGCCCUGUCCCCCUGCUUGCCAGUGCUAUGACAGCUCCAAAGUCUUCUGCUCAGAGGAAAGGAUGCGAGAGAUCCCGGCGGGCCUGCCAGGGAAUGCCACUCAGCUCUUCUUCGUGGAGACAGCCCUGAGCAGCAUCCGCAGUGGGGCCCUGGGCUUCAGUACCACCCUCACUAAGCUGGUCUUCCUCAAAAACGACAUCCAGGAGCUGGAUCCCGAUGCAUUCUGGGGGCUGCCCAACCUCACCGAACUGGAGGUGUCAGGUAACCCCUUGCUAGCAGUCAGCCCUGGGCUGCUGGUAGGGCUGCCCAACCUCAGCAAGCUCUCACUGAGUGCUAACACCAUCCGCUCCCUGGAGCCAGGGUUCUUUGCUAGCGCCCAGCACCUGCAGGACCUGUGCUUGCAGGGGAACAAGAUUGAGUCCCUGUCCCCCGGCAUCUUCCGCCCCCUCCGGCGCCUCCAGGCGCUGGACCUCUCCCAGAAUGUGCUGGCUGAGCUGCCGGCCGGGCUGCUGGCCCCCCUCACUGCCCUGCGCCUCCUCAAGCUCAGCGACAACCUCCUGACACGAGUGUCCCCAGCUGCAUUCAGCGGCCUAGACAGGCUGGUCGAGCUCCACCUGGACGGGAACCGGCUGGAGGGGCUGCCAGCCGGCAUCUUCACCGGGCUGGGGGCGCUGCGGCGCCUGCAGCUGCAACACAAUGCCCUGCGCAGCCUGGCCCCUGACACCUUUGCCAGCCUCCACAACCUCACCACCCUCAGCCUGGAGGGCAACCGCCUGGCUGCUCUGCCCACCACCCUCCUUGCUGGUACCCCACACCUCCUCCAUCUUUCACUGGCUCGCAAUCAGCUGGAGGUGCUGCCCCAGGGGCUCUUUGCCAACCUGUCUGUGUUGCAGACCCUGGUGCUCUCCCACAACAGCAUGGUUCACCUUCCCGCUGGGGUUUUCCAGGGGCUGGUGGGGCUGGUGACACUGCAGCUGAGCCACAACAAUCUCUCCAGCCUGCUGCCUGGGUUGCUGGCUGGGCUACCUCUCCUCACUGCUCUGGCACUGGACCACAACCACCUGGCCCACCUGCCCCCGAAGCUCUUUGAUGACAAUUUGGAUCUGGCACAAGUGGGGCUGGCUCACAACCCCUGGGCCUGUGACUGCCACCUCGUCUAUCUGCUGAGCUGGCUUCAGAGCUUUGCUGAGCCCCUCACCCACGCGCAAGCCUCCUGUGCCAGCCCAGCCCCUCUCCAGGGACAGUCCCUGCUGGAGGUGCCCCAGGGGCAACUAGAGUGCCCAGGAUCACCCACUCUCCCCACAGAGCAGCACUGGAACAGGGAGCCAGCGGAGGAUGCUCUGCAGCAGUGCACCUACAGCAACCCUGAGGGCACUGUAAGCAUGGCCUGCGAUGCCACAAGCUGCCAGCAGCUCAGCCUUCGCCUUCCCUCACCUCCUGGGCAGGCAGUGGGGCCUGGGCUGGCAUACCAGGGCACCUGGAUACUGCACUCCCACUGUGGCACACUGCAGGUCAGCAUCCUCAUCACGCCACAGAUGAGGGAUGAGGCCAUGUCGCCAGGUCUCCCCGCUGUGCCCUAGAGCUGGGGUAGGC